CUGUCUCGGAGCUACUACGCGUGCGCUUAACCCCGCUGCUUCUCGUUUUGCCCCGAAAUUUCGCGAAGGUUUCCGAAGGCUCCGCUCGGCUUUUUCCGGAGAGACUCGAGAGCGAAGGGGGGGAGGCCUCUUCGCUUCCUGUCUCCCGGCUCGUUGCUGUUGCCGGCUCCGGUAACCGGCUCUUCAGCUCUGCCCGCCAUGUCCCAGCUCUGCUACAACCGGGGCUGCGGCCAGCGCUUCGACCCCAGCGCCAACACGGAGGAUUCAUGCACUUAUCAUCCAGGUGUACCAGUCUUUCAUGAUGCUCUAAAGGGCUGGUCAUGUUGCAAGAGAAGAACAACAGACUUCUCUGACUUCUUAAGCAUUGCGGGCUGUACAAAGGGUCUCCAUAAUAGUGAGAAACCCCCUGAGCCUGUGAAACCUGAAGUCAAAACUACCUCUGAGCGAAAGGAGCUAGCUGAACUGAAACCUAAAUUUCAGGAGCAUAUAAUUCGGGCACCAAAGCCAGUGGAAACCAUUAAUAGGCCAAGCCCAGAUGAGCCAAUGACAAGCUUACAGCUGAAAGUAUCAGCUUCCCUGAAACAAGCACUAGAUAAACUGAAACUAGCAUCAGAGAAUGAAGAAGAAAAAAAAGAAGAGGACAGUGAUGAGAUCAAAGUUGGGACGUCUUGUAAAAAUGGAGGCUGUUUGAAGACAUUUGAAGGACCACAGAGCACAGAAGAAAUAUGUAUAUACCAUUCUGGAGUACCUAUAUUCCACGAAGGGAUGAAGUAUUGGAGCUGUUGCAAGAGAAAAACUUCUGAUUUUAAUACAUUCUUAUCUCAAGAAGGCUGUACAACGGGAACACAUGUGUGGACUAAAAAGGAUGCUGGGAAAAAAGUAGUUCCAUGUAGGCAUGAUUGGCAUCAAACUGGAGGUGAAGUGACUAUUUCAAUAUAUGCGAAAAAUUCACUUCCUGAACUUAGCCGUGUCGAAGCAAAUAGCACAAUGCUAAAUAUCCAUAUUAUUUUUGAAGGAGAUAAAGAAUUUGAUCGCAAUGUGAAAUUGUGGGGAGUAAUUGAUGUGAAGAGGAGUUAUGUAAACAUGACAGCUACGAAGAUUGAGCUCACUAUGAGGAAAGCAGAGCCCAUGUUAUGGGCAAGCCUUGAACUACCAAUACCUGAAACACAGCAAAAACAAAAUGAAGAUAUUACAGAUCAAGAAUGAAUCCUAAAGAUAUACAGACUGUUUCCUGAUUGUGAAAGUGGUGACUUGCUACUGUAAUGAAUUUCCUUUUAAGACUAUUUUAUAUAAGAUCACUUUUUACAAUACAUCUUGCAUUCCAGAUCAGGGAAAGCACUCUAUUAUGUAAAAACCUAGUGCUUUCCCUGACCUAGAAUGCAAGAUGUAUUGUACAUUUUUUGGAGCUUAGUCCACACUGUGCAUUAACAUUUCAAGCACCGUAUUUGGACUGGAGCUACCGGAGUAAUCAAUGUGAGACUACAUACGGUUUGCUAUAUAUCUUUCUGUAAUAAGGAUACAAGAUAUGAGUCUGUGGAAUGAUUAGCAUGAUUCCCGUGGUCUAAAAUAAACAAAUUUGAUAUUCAAAUAGCAGUAAUAAAUCCAGAAAGAAAGCAGAUGCUACUCAGAUUUUUUCCUUUUGUCUUGUGAAAGUAACAAUAAUGGCUGCACAUUCCACUUCUGCAGGGGUGAGGUCACUAGUUUUUGAAGGGCUCAGGUAGUUACUAGCUUUUUCACCAUCUUGUUGUCUGGACCUGCUCUGAGCAGUUUUAGCUUACACUUGGUAAAAGCACUGGUGCACUAUCAACACUAGUACUGUUACCAGUAAAAGUGCAACCUUAGAAGGCUUGCUCACAAAUUCUGUUAUAACUGGAGCCAAGGAGGAGGGGAGUUCAUGAAAAUUUUCCCCCGCUACCACCCCCAUUUUGAUUCCUAAAUUUUAAAUAAUCCUAAAAUGAAAGGAAAUGGAGCAAGGUAGUGGGUUUGAUAGCUUAGCCUCCCAGCUCUGGAAACCUGCACACUAGAGACCAUCUCAAAACCACUAAGCCAAUUAAUGUAAGGGAUUUUGCAUGGUCUCUAACAUUUGUUAGCUACCACCUAAAAAUGCUCACAGUUGUUCAUCUGUCUCAAAGAGGGUAAAUAUUGACGCAGGAGAGGAUAGUGUGGACAGUAUUUGAUAUGUUGACUGAUCUGUGUAAGGAAGAUUAAUGUUUCCAUGCAGUAUGCCUAAAUCUAGCUAUUGAGGGUUAUUAUCUUUCUCUGAGUAUUAAAUUCACUAAAGGAAAAGUUUUAAAAGAAAAACUAAAAAGUAACAAGCCUCAUAAUGAUAUACCAGUUUCAUGUAAACACAACUGGAUUAUCCGUAUUUAAAAAAAAAAAUGGUUAUUUAAAUGUUUUUAUUUUAAAUUCUUUUGGUUAGUACUUCCAGAAGAAAACUACCCUUGAACUGAAAACAAAAAUAUACUGUUAGAGACGUUGCUGCCAAAAUCCUGGGAUAUUGUGAAAAUAUGUGACUGAGCUCUAGGCCAUAGCUGAUGCUGAAAUUGCAUCUAUAAAAGUAAGUUUGGGGCUGUAAUUAAAAAAAACAAAAAAAACCUCCUCUAUAGCUAUGUAGAUCAUUAUUCAUAUCAGUGUGUUUAUAGGUCAAUUUCUAUCUAACUAAAACUUACCAUAGAAAACUUUAAAGCCCCAAUCCACUUUAUAGACUUAGUCUAUACACUGGAGUUGGAAGGUAAUGUACCAAGGGUCUUAGACAGGAUUGUACUUGGUGUGGCUAGUCUCUCCUGAUCCCACAGCUACACUUCAUGUGGGUGUGUCAACUCAAGCUAAAAACUAGACCUUCCAGCUCCAGGAUAGACAUACCCUCUCUUAUGCAGGGACAUAAGCAAUUCACAAUGCUUGUGAUACCUUGAUGCAUAGUCAUUUUUCCAUCCUGAAAGACCUGGAAUGGGAAGCCAAAAGAAUUUUUAUAGUUGGCAAGAUGGAAGUGUGUAGUGGGUAUAUGUAUAUAACAGGAAUAUGAGAAACAUCUUCGAAAGCUUAAGAAGAAAGGUAGUUUAACUAAUCUUUAGGGUCUUUUACCUGUGUAGACUUGAGUUCAGGGUUCUGUCUACAGCAAUACUUAGACUAAUGCUGAAAAAUGGGUAGGAAAUAUAGAAUAAUGCAUAUAUAUUUACAGAGAAACUGAUAUAGUGUUUGAGGUUGGGACUUUCAAAGGGGCUGAUGAAGUUAGUUGCUCAACUUUGAAAACCCCAGCUCUAGGUGCUACACAAAACUAUACAAUUAAAACAAGGCAUAGAUAAAAAGUUAAUGUAAUACCAUGUAAAAUGCCUUAAAGUAGUAGGGUCCAGGCUUUUAAAAGUAUAUACAUGAAAAUACAUCUGUAUUCUUUGCAUGUGGAAACUUGUAAGAGCUCAUCAGGGAUUGUGUGUACACACAAGUGCAUGCUUUUCUAAGUCUAAUAUUGUGGCAUUACUUACUUCAUUGGAGGGAGUAUUCCAGAGACCCAAACAAUAGAGGCAAGUAUACAAACUAUGCUAGCCAUUCCUCUACAACUCUACCAUCUUCAUUGCUUUACGUGUUGUUAGGAAUAGCAGUUGCUUCAAGACACAAGCAGAACUCUGAACUUGGAUACAACAGGGACGAGCACUGUGUAACUACCAAAAUAAAAUUCUGGUUUUGGUGGCGAGUCAAUGUGUGUAUAUCUGUAAUAUAGUCUUACACACACUGUUAAUGUUCUAAAUCUUGAACUGAAUACCUGGGAUUCUUUUUUUUAAAAUUUUUGUAGCUCACUGCAGUAUUGUUAGUUGAUGCAUCAUGUAAAAUCCAUUUUAGGGAGUUUGUGUCGGCUAAUAAAAGACAGAAUUGAGCCAAACUUCCACUGAUUGGAGUUCAGAAUUUGGGUCUAAGCAAUUAUCCUCUUCACCCCAACCAUGUUUAUACUAUAUUCUGGUAAUACGCAGAAUAAGUUGGUGAUAGCUAAUGGCUUGAGGGAAAUGCUAGUAAAUAUUCCACCUCUGCUCCCCUUUUGCACUCAGCCUGAUAAUUAGAUGCUGAAACACAACUAAGAGGAAAGUCAGGCAUUACUUCUUGUGUUCCAUGUCUUUAAUAGAAAAUUAUAGAUACUUCAGAGCUUGAUAAUGACAAAAUCAAAACUUUCCCAUCAGUGUAAUAGGAAUAAAUUAGUUUUUUAAAUAUUUCUGUUUAAGAAAGUUCAAACAGUUUCUUCUCUUAAAAUUAAGACUUUUAUAUAUAAUCAUAGCUUUGCACUGGCCAUAAUAUGGUUUUAAGAAUAAAUGGGUCAAAUUCUCAGAUGGCAUAAAUUGGCAUAAAUCCAUUGACUUCCAUGGAAUUACACCAGUUUACAUCAUCUGAAAAUAUAGGGUUUUUUUUCUAUUCCUCUGCAUGUUCACCUAGCAGCGUACUAUUGAGCUAUAUCAUCUUUGAUUGAGAAUUAGAAAAUUUUGAACAAACCUUGCCAGUGUCCAGAAACUAUCUUUACAAUACUGCAGAUAGGUUGUGUCUUCGAGAAAUAAAAAGAUUUUGAUCUGAUGGUUACCAUUUUUAGUGGGACUCUAUUAGUAUGACACUGAACUCUGUCAGCAAAUAGGAAGGGAAGGUGAAUCGAGGUUAUAAUUACUACUCAACUGUUAGAUACUUCAGAAAUCUGUAUUUAGAAGGCGCAGAAAAAGGCUUUUAAAAGAGGUUGAAGAGGAAUUUUCUAACAUUUUUAUCAUUAAAUUAUAAUGAAAUUGUAAAUAUCUGCAUAAAGUAAACCAUAAUCAGCUUGGUCUGAAUUAUUCCUGGCAGUCAAGAUUGCCAUGUCUCAUAACUUCAUUAUGUUACCUUUUAACAUGUUGGUUUGCCUGCUGCAAUCUGUGGAAAUUUAGUUUUUUAUAUUUUUAUAUUACACAAACUCUUACAAAACUAUACCGUAUUUAUUGUAUAGUCUUAAACAUGGCAUGAGAAUUGAUAAAUACUGUAGCUGUUAAAAUCAUUGUUUAUUUUCCAUAUUACUACCACAAAUUGCACUUAUCCACAUUCAGAAAAAAUAUUUUACCUUAAUGAAGUACUCUAGGUGUCUGGAACACUGUUUUAGGGUGGUAAAUAUUUUGCCAUUACAAAAAACAUGUGCAUUACUAUUUUGUCCAUGUUUUCUUCUGCAUGGGUGUCUGAUUUGUCCUAUUCAUGUAACUUGGUUAUGUGAACCUUUUCUUGGCAUGCUCAUGUCGUCAUGCUCUAGUUUUGAAUAAAUUCUUACUAUUGGCUGGUUA